CUUAUCAGACCCUAAACUUCAUAUAUUUUGGCUCAAUCUCUCUCUACACCAAUUUCUUGUUCCAAGAUGGCUCGCACUACCAUAACAAGGUCAUUAGGUAGCCAAACCAAGAGCCUUCAUGCAUUGCUUGGGCUGUUGAGUCUCAUGUUGUUGAUGAGAACAAGUAGUGCAAGAGAGUUCAUUGUUGGUGGCUCAAGCUGGACUCCGCCUGGCAAUAACAGUGGAGUAAACUAUAAUCAAUGGGCAGAGCAUAACAGAUUCCAAAUUGGAGACUCCAUCGUGUUUAACUACCCACCUGGGCAAGACUCAGUGCUUCAAGUGACCAGGGAGGAUUACUCCAAUUGCACCAGCACAUCACCUCUACGGAAAGACUCUACUGGCAAAACUGUCAUCACUUUCAGUCAAUCUGGGCCUCACUAUUUCAUUAGUGGAAACAAAGAGAACUGUCUCAAGAAUCAGAAGUUGGUGGUAGUUGUUUUGGCUGACAGAAGCAACAGGUCUUCCAGCACAAACCAGACAAUUAGUACCGCUGUCUCUCCCGCUCCUUCUACCACUAACGAGACAACAACUGCAUCUCCUCCUUCUCCGGUGAUAACAGGCGUGGCUCCGGCUCCCGUGACCACCAGCGAUAACUACCCAACUCCAGCUCCGGUCAGUACAAAACCAAAAAACACAGCCUCCUCUGUCCAAUUUGGUUUCAUUGGUUGCUUCGGAGCACUUGCUGCUUCAUCUCUUAUUUUUAGCAUUGGGAUUUAAGCAAUUAAUUAUCGUCCCUUGUUUUCAAUUUUCCUAAUUCUUUAUUGUUUUCCCUUUUCCCCUGCUGAGUGUUGCUUUGGUCUCUAAUAUAUUUAUGUACUAAUGGAUUUGUAUACUUUUCACCAUGUGAAAAAGAGUGUAUAGAAGGAAUGAAUAAAUAAAUUUAUUCAGUGUGA